UGGAAUUAAGAUGCUGGAAUUAAUGAACCACUAUAAUUAAGAUGCAGGAAUAUUCUAAGUCCACCUCUCCCCCUAUGUCGCUAUGGAAUUAAACUAAGAGGAAAACUCCCAAGUCCCAUAAAUCCCAAUGAAUCAUUGCCUUUACUUUAUUACAUGUAUCCGAAUAUAAUAACGACAAUCGUAUAAAUUCAUUAAGUAUAACUAUAUGAGCACAAGGUAUUUGUGACAGUGGUGAUAUAAAGAUGUUGUAAAUAUUUGAAGUACAUGCAUUAAUAAAAAUUGACCAUUUUCUUUUGUCUUGAAACUGAAAUUAUGAGUCUAUAAACACUUUGUCUUUCUUCUUGACUGGUACUCCUUCAUAGUCGUAUAUUUCGACGAAACGAACGUAAAUAAUUAUUGUAGCUUCCCCCGUCUUUCCUCAAAUAAAAGAUAAGAUCUAAUUACUCUAACCGCUCGGACAUUAUAAAUAAUGUCGGCUGACGAAUAUCCUGACAGAUAUAAAGAAUCAGUUUCCCCAGCUGGGAAAGAGAAUAAUCCCGACGUAGAGGUCGAGGUUGGAGACGGAGGCGGGGGCGGCCGCCACAAAUUUGGUGUCAGAAGUGGGAUUAUUAAUAUGGCGGAGGUACCAAAGUCUAAGAAAGAAAUAGAUGAGCUAAGUUGCUCCUCAGAUGAGACAAUGUCUAGUACAAAAAGUUCAAAGAAAAAGAAGAGUAGGUCAGAGAAAUUACAAAGUCGGAUAUUAAGUCAACUAACGAAGUUAAUGGGGCAAAUGAUGAAGUUGACAAAGAAACCUAGGAAGAGGAGUGUUGGCUCAGACUCCUCCACGGAAGAACUAUCUGAUUCUUCAGAUGAUGAAGUGGAAUUCAACUCCAAACCAAAUAGACGACUGGAAGGAAUGAAAGUCCAAAAUAGAGACGAGGAAGGAAUAUCUCAUGUCGAAGAAUCAAAGACGAGGAAACUUAAUGAAGAAACUAACCAGAUGGAAACACAAAAGAAGAAUGAUGAUAUUCGCUAUGCCAAAGAAGAUAGAAUUCGGGAAGCUACUCAUCGACCACUGAUCAUGCCGGACAAGUAUGAUGGAAGUACCGACUGGAAAGAUUACGCUUCGCACUUUGAAUCUUGUUGCGAAAUCAACAACUGGAAAGAUGAGGAAUCUGCCAGGUAUCUAGCUGCUAGCUUGAGAGGUCAAGCUCUGAGAUUACUAGAAGAACAAAGAGGCACCAAGUGGAACUUUGAAGAAAUACAGAGUAAACUGUCAUUUAGGUUCUCUUCUGCCAAACAGGCAGAAAGCUAUCUGUUGGAACUGAGGAAUCGUAAGCGACGACAAGGAGAAUCACUCCAGGAACUAGGACGUCAUAUUAGGGAACUAACUGAUAAGGCAUAUCCAAACUUUGAAAGUCAAGGGGUCGAUAGACUAGCUAGGAUUCAUUUUACUGAUGCUAUUCGUAGUAGUGAGAUUCGUAUGGGAAUAUUUCAUGCUAAGGCAACAAGCUUAGAUGAGGUGAUUCAAGCAGCAAUAACCACUGAGACAUUUCUACAGACGGAGACUGAGAGGAAUGGAUGGAAGGUUAAGCCUACUUACAAUAGAGGAAUCGGCUCUGAAGUGGAUCUAGAGAAGAUGAUCAAAGAUGAAGUCAACAAAGUCCUAGGCCAAGCUAUGGAAAGUCAACCUAACAAGGAAAGAUGUCAGGGAUAUGUGAAAAAACCAGGAACUAAUCAAAGACCAAGCCAAACAGCGCAAGAAAGAUUUGAUGUGAAAACCCAAACAUGUUUCUAUUGUGAGAAACCUGGCCAUUUCGCGAGGGAAUGCCGUGAGAAACAAAUGGAUCGAAGAAGAAGGAACUAUCCAAGUGAUGAAUCUAACUGGUCAAGACAAAGAUACCAGCGUCAGUCAAACGACAAGUGGUCGCCCCAAAGGGUCGUGGCGCGGCCAAUCGUCCAAAAUUAA